AUGCUACUGAUUCGCUCUUUCCUGGACAAAGACCCUCAAAAUGUCACAUUCUCCCAACUCGGGAGCGCAGAGCCCACUCGACUCUCUGAUCCCGAAUUGAAGCCUACUAAGAUGGACAAAGCGAUGGAAGUCACCGAGAAGGACUCAUCCAGCGCCAAUCGUAUACCCUCAGUCGAUAGCGGGUCAAUGGAAUCUACAUAUGAUCAUACCCAUCGCAAGCUCAAGCCCCGCCAUGUACAAUUGAUCGGAAUUGGAGGAACCAUUGGCACCGCGCUGUAUGUUCAGAUCGGAUCUGGACUGCGGACCAGUGGUCCCGGCAGUUUAUUCAUUGGAUUCAGUCUUUGCAUGGAUGGCUUGGCUGAAAUGGUCACGUACCUACCUAUCUCUUCGCCAUUCAUCCGAUUCGCUGGCCGUUACGUCGAUGAAGCUUUAGGUGUUGCUGCUGGAUACAACUUCUUUAUUUUCGAAGCCGCCCUGGUUCCUUUUGAGAUUGUCGCCGUCAGCUUGAUUAUUAGAUAUUGGACCGAUGUGAUUCCCGUUGCAGCCAUGAAUGUGGUUAUCAUCGUACUUUAUGGAGCACUGAAUCUCUUUGCUGUGAAAUGGUAUGGGGAAGCAGAAUUCUGGCUCUCACUAGGUAAGGUUUUGUUGAGCAUAGGCCUGAUCUUCUACACAUUCGUCGUCAUGCUGGGCGGCAACCCGCUCGGCGAUCGGUUUGGCUUUCGCUACUGGAACGAACCAGGUGCCUUCAACGAGUUCUACAAAACAGGCGAUACCGGCAGGUUCCUCGGUGUUCUUGCAGCUGUCAUCACAGCCAGUUUCACGAUCGCCGGUCCAGAUUAUGUCUCCAUGGCCGCUGGUGAGACCGUUAAUCCGCGUAAGGUGCUUCCCAAGGCCUUCAACGGUGUCUUCUACCGUCUCACGGCAUUCUUCGUUCUGGGUGUUCUCUGCGUCGGCAUUCUUGUCCCGUAUAACGAUAAAACCAUGGCCGAUGCUUUCGACAAUGGUAAGCCUGGAGCUGCUGCCUCGCCCUACGUCAUCUCCAUGGAUCGCCUGAAGAUCCCCAUCCUGCCAGACAUUGUCAACGCCGUCAUUCUCACUGCUUCAUUCAGUGCGGGCAACAGUUACAUGUACUGCGCCAGUCGCAGUCUCUAUGGUCUAGCGCUUGAAGGCAAAGCCCCGAAACUCUUCACCAAGUGCACGAAAAAUGGUGUUCCUAUCUACUGUGUGGGCGUGGUUCUCAUCGUCGGCCUCUUGAGUUUCUUGCAGGUAUCCAACGGCGCAUCAGUCGUGCUAAACUGGUUUGUCAAUCUGGUCACCGCCUCCCAGCUCAUCAACUUCUCCGUGAUUACUUUCACCUUUAUCCGCUUCAAGAAAGCUCUCGACGUCCAAGGGAUUGCCCGAGAAACCUUGCCAUACCGCAGCUGGUUUCAGCCAUACAUCGCCUAUUUUGCUUGCACCUGCACCACGCUCAUGGCUUUCGUCGGUGGUUACACCGUCUUCCUUCCCGGCAAAUGGUCCAUCCCGACAUUCCUCUUCUCCUACACCAUGAUCGGUGUCUUCCCCGUUAUCUACUUCGGGUGGAAAUUGUUCCACGGGACCAAGUUACUUAAACCAGAGGAAGUUGAUCUGGUCACUGGUGUCCCUGAGAUUGAGGAGUAUACUAAAGACUUUGUGGAGGUGCCGCCGAAGAAUCUUGCACAUAAGUGGUUCCGGAUUAUCUUUGAAUAA